CCUGAUGCACAGCGAUCAACAAUUAAGUGUCGACUAUCGCUAACAUAAGUCAUAUGUUGUAAUACUAACAUUACAGUAUAUAUACGUAGUGACAAUACAUUGACAUCCAUUUACUUCGUUUUAUUAAUAAGAUAUUUCUCCGCUAAUUGUCAAUAUGGCUGCGUGGCAGCUUCUACACACUGUUAAGAAAACAAAAGUAUUUUUUUAUGGUUUAUUAAAUGAAAUUUCUAAGCUCCGUUCGAUGAAGCAUGUUUCUUCAAGAUAUUUUUCUUCUAAACGCAGAUCACAGACGGAUAUUUUAAAAUCGGCUUUGAACAAUUAUAAGGAUUUACAACUGGCACCACUUAUGAUAAAAAACUGUAAGAUUGGGGUAAGCUUUUCGGAGGCUCACCUCGAACAUGAAGUGUAUAGCUGUAAAGGAAAUGAUGUUGUUUUAUGUGAGAAUUUUUCUAAUGUUUUCGAAGAAGGCUUCAAUGUAUUACAUCAAUCCAUUGAUAAAGUUGGUGUUGGAUUCUUCGAUGCACCCACUGAAGGCAAUGGGACUGAAGACUACAUGUACUACUAUGCACUCUCAGCACUUCGAGAUUUUUUGACUGAGAUGGAUUAUCAUGAAAAGUGUUUGAAGCAUAAGGAACCAUUUGGAGAUGCAUUUGACAAACAAAAAGAAGCUUAUGUGGCAGCACUCUUGACAAACCACUUGCUGUCUCGUCUAGUGUAUGGCAACAGAUACCUUAUAAGCAAUGAUUACGCAGUACAACCUCCCAAAUGUCCGUGCUUAAAGCCACUGGAAUGUGCUUCCCUGAUAAACUAUGGACAAACAGGCUUAGGCUGCGAAGACAUUUGGUAUGGACAUCCUGACAUUGUGUUGGUACCACCAAAUUUUUCAAAUAUACCACUCUGGUUUUUUGAAGAUGAUGUUGAAGCUCAGAUGCAAGAAGAUGAUGAUUUGUUAACAAAAGACCUAUUGCAGCAGAAUAACAAAUCAAUAGAUAUUAGUGAAAUAAAACUCAAUAUGGUAUUUGAAAAAUGUGCUGAACAAAUAUUAAGCCAAGCUAUUACAUUUUCAUUUUGUGAAGCAAACACAGAUUCCUCAGGAGAGAGAGAACGUCAUACAUUAAUUCCAUCCAUAGUGUUAACACCUCAUCAUUACCUUGUGGUUAUGUAUGAUUAUGAAAAUGAUAUUUUGUUAAGCAGUGAUCAUCAGAUAUCUCCUUUAUGGGAUGAAACUGGUGUAAAAUUCAACUUAUCAGCUGUUUUGCAGAUUUGGCUGGUUCUGAAUCAUAGCUAUUUUAAGCCAAAGCUCAGUACUGAGUUUCAAAAAGAUUUUGCCUUUAAAUGUGAGAUUCACAGAAUUCUGAAGGAGUUACAAGUGUUUGAUAAAACAAAGCAAAUUACUUACAGGCCAUCAUUUAGACAAGAAAAUAAACGCCUAAAAGCUAAAAAGCCUUUUAUGCUUUACUCCGACUUUAAAAAAAGUUUUAAAAAAGUCAUGAUUUAAAGUAGUCUGGUGAAAUUUGAGGUAAUUACAGUUGUGGAAAAAAGUGUUAAAAGACUCCAAAAUUGUUAUGUACAUAACAUUAUAGUUGUAGAAAAAAAGUUUUAAAAAGACUCCAAAAUUUAUUAUGUACAAAACACUUUUGUUUGGAGCCAUCAGUUAAAACAAAUAUGAUUUGUAACAAAUUUGUGUCCUUCUUUAAUUAGGCUGUAACUACAAGCAUUUGACAUUAUCAGUUUUCAACCAUAUCUAUAGAUAAUUUGAGAGAAUGGUUCAAAGAUUGUUAAGAUAUCUAAUAAAUGUUUUGACAGAAUUGUUUUUGUCAGACAAUUUCAGUAUUUUUUCAUUAUAAUGCAGAUCUAUAAAAAAAAAAUAAAUAUUGCAUUGACUACUGUUGAUUGAUUUGUAGAAAGCGGGUGAGACACAGGGUUCCAAGGAACCCCUUACGAUUUUUUAUCAUUGACAGAUUUUUUUUGCAAAUUACCCCAUGACACAGAAAACUCAUUAUUUUAUUGUAUAUAAAAAUAUACAUGCAGGUUCUUAUUGUGAAAUGAGUAGCAACAAUCUAAAAUUGAUGAUUAUGAUUAAUAUAUUGAUAAUAGUUACUAAGUCAUUGCAAGGCAAAAAUGUGUUGUGGAUUUUCGCCAGUUGUCCAGACACUUAUCAUGACAAGUACUGUAAAUUUUGA